AUGGCCGGUGUCGCUCUCGUCACAAGUGGUCAGACCGACGGCAACUUCAACCUCUCCAACGCUGCCGGCGCCAUUCGAGAUGACUUCCGACUGAACCAACAGAUUGCUAGGCUGUGGAAGGAGGCCCUAGUCCAGCGCGGCCUCGUUAUCACAGCAGCAAACGACUUCAACCAGCUCGACCGUCUUCCGGUCGGCUUCUCGAUGUACAAGAAGCCUCGAGCGGGCGAGCCCAAUACGAGGCCCGACAUCAUGAUCUACGGCCAUCCAAGUCACAAGGUCUUCAGGUCGUAUGCCGAGUUCCUAGGCCAUUGGGUAUAUCUCGAGCUGUGCGGGGGAGGCGCCGGCUGCCCGUGUUGCAUCUGUACUGGCAACAAGCGACGCAGGGCAGAUGUAGGGGUGCUGAGAGUGGCAAUACCUACGCCACUCCCACAGCUGGUGGUGCGCGCUGCUCAACCGGCUGCAGCACCAACUCCGCAACAAUUACAACAGCCAGCUGUCGGAGCUCAACCCACGUUGCCUCCGCCGUUCCUCCCAGCGACAGUCAUACCGCCAGCGGCUCUACCAGGAGUCGUCAAUGCACCGGCCCAGAACAGCGCUCAGGUACCGAAUCCCACACCUCAAGCACAUCUACCCGCCACAAAUAUCCCGCUAGCUCCCGCGCUCCAACCCCAAGCCAAUGCACAGCCAGUCUUCGCUGCACCUACUCUCGGUGAUGAUGCGGAUCCGACUCUACACGAGAAAGCUCUCAGCGAUGGGGUCUGGCUUGGGGAUCUGCAUUUUCAAGUCGACGACGCUAUUCUAUCUACCAGGCCUCCAAGCUCGGAGCACAGCAACAUCUGA